GCGCCAGUCUAUGAUAUCAUCGUCCUGAACUAAAGUUUGCUUGAAGCAUUACCGCCGAAAACAACUUACCAAGUGCCAACCUCGCGAUUAGAGUUUUGUAAAAAAAAAGACAGAAAUUGAAGAGCAGAGGAUUAAGAAACAGUGUUAUCACUGCACUUGAUAUUCUGUUAAUCUCUCUUUCCCGUUCUUCUUUCCUUUAACCUGCAGGACAUUAUGGAAAAGAAGUCUGGACAGGUCAAGCAGCCAGCGCAGGCCUCUACUGAGGUCGACACGAAGACUGUCACUGGAGAAUUGGGAAAUAAUCUUGAUGUAAAGCUAGAAACGACCAAAAACAAUGUUAAUGGCGCGAAGAAUGGCCAAGUUUUGUCAGCCAAGGUCGAAGAAAAGAAAAAUUCAACGGGCGUGAAACAAUCAACGGACGAUAAGCUUCCUGUUCCCGAGUCACUUGAGGCUCCGGUAAGUGAACCGUCGCGUUCCGACGAGAAACAGGCUUCUUCCAACACUUCUUCGGAUUCUUUGAACGAGAAGAAAGAAGAAGAGGAAGUUAAGGAUGAACAGAAAAACGUGUCUAGAAUAGUCACUCUGUUGGGCAAAUUUCUUACGAAGGAACGCGUUUACAUGUUGCUUGAAUGGAAGAAUAUCUUUGUUCAGUAUUCGAACGAUACCCGGAUCAUCUUCUACACGGCCUUGUCUUCAUUCUUCAUCGGUUACUUUCGUUUUGGAAUUUUGGGCUUGUUUGUUGUAAUGGCCGUCUGUAUUCAGUAUUACCGUAUCCAAGUACGAAAGGUCGUUGUCAAUUUCCGUGACGACUUUACCCGGUACUUGGCUACUCGCCGAAUUGAAGACGAGCCCGAGACUGUCGCUUGGUUAAACUCUUUCUUACAAAAGUUUUGGUACAUUUUUGAGCCCUCUUUGAGUGCAAAUGUGGUUGAGACCGCUGAUCAAGUGCUUUCGGAAAACACACCUGGCUUUUUGGAUUCUCUUCGUCUUUCCAAAUUCACUCUCGGUACUAAAUCUCCACGUUUGGAUUUCAUUCGUUCGUAUCCAAAGACGGAGGAGGAUUUGUAUAUGAUGGAUCUGGCUUGUUCUUUCACUCCCGACAAUCUUUCCGAAUUGACAGGCCAUGAAAUUGCUACUCAAAUUAAACCGAAAAUUGAAUUGAGCGUGCGUAUUGGUAAGAGCAUUGCCUCUGCUAGUAUGCCUGUUCUUGUUGAAGAUUUCUCAUUCAGCGGCGUCAUUCGUUUGAAACUCAAGUUUUUGAGCAGUUACCCUUACAUCAAGUCAGUGGGUCUGACGUUUGUUGAAAAACCUGAUAUCUCUUUUGUGCUGAAGCCCAUUGGCGGUGAGAAGCUUGGUUUCGACAUCGGUAAUGUUCCUGGUUUGAGCAAGUUUAUUUACGAUCAAAUUCACCUUACUCUGGGUCCGAUGAUGUAUAGUCCUAACGUUUACGAACUCGAUAUUGAACAAAUGAUGGGCGCAGCCAACAUGAAUGUCACCAUUGGCGCCAUCUCGUUCCACUUGCAAAAUGCCACGGGAUUGAAGCCUAAUGAGACUUUAAGUGGAACUCCGGAUCCCUACGUUGUGAUUCGCAGUACUCUUACUGGUCGCGAGUUGGCUCGUUCAAAGACUGUCUCAGAUACUAGUUCUCCUACAUUUGACGAGAAAUUUGAGUUUACAAUUACGUCUUUCUCUGAGCAAUUGGUUUUGGAAGUUUAUGAUUACAAUGACAUUCGCAGCGAUAAACUCAUUGGCACGAAUGUGAUCGAAACAUCUGUUCUUGACGGUGCUCCCGUUGUGAAUGAUGCUACGAUUGAUGUGAAGUUCCAUCAAAAGAUUCGGGGUUCAUUGAAGUACAGCAUACGUUUCUACCCUGUUAUUGAAGUUACCGAAGGUGAGAAUGCUUCCGAUUUGACUGGUCCGGGUAUCUUGCGCUACACGGUUUUCCAAGCUAAGGAGCUGAGUACUGGCUCGAACCGUUAUACUGCUUACGCUGAACUUGUGAUGAACGGAAAGAUUGUUCACACGACACGUAAAAUCAAGAAGAACAACAAUCCUUCUUGGGGUGAUUUUCAGGAAUACCUGGUUAAACAGAAGUCCAAGUGUAGCUUGGGUGUGCGAAUUCGUGCUGAUGGUGUUAGUAAACCUCUUGGCGUCUUUAACAUUACGCUUGAUGAUUUGUUAACUGCCACUAAAAAGGGACUAAACUGGUUUCAAUUGGAAAAUGCCAAGAGUGGUCGUGUGCGUAUUGCUGCGGAAUGGAAGCCUGUUGAUAUGACUGCUGUGUGCGAAAGCGCAGAUAUAUACCGUGAGCCUCUUGGUGCUCUUCGACUCUUUAUUCGUAACGCAAACUCGUUGUCGCCCAAGUCUCAUGGAGGCAAGGUGAAUGCUUCGACCCGUGUGCUCUGUCAUAACAAGGAGAUGGCCCAAACGGUGACGAUUGCUAAUCACACUCAACCCGUGUGGGAUGAGUAUCUUUAUGUGCCUAUCGUCACAAAGUAUGAUAUUAUUCGUUUGCAAGUUUUGUCACAUGAGGGGGAAGAGCGUAUUCUCGGUUAUGUUGACAUUAGUCCCAAGGAUUACAUUCGCCAAGACGCUUCCGGAAAGCUUAUUCCUUUCGAACAAACUCGCGAAGUGACUACUUCCUUGACAUCGGUUAAGGGUCUUCAAACCAAGAGUUCCCUCUGUUAUCUUUUCUGCUUUUAUCCCAAUCCUGCGAAAUUUAUUCCUACGCCAAAGAAUGUCAGCCGCACAGCAAGUAUUGCUACUUCUCAAAACGAAUCGCCUUCUGCUACUCCUCAACCAAAGAAGGAAGUGGUGUCACCUCUGCUGUCUAGUCCCUCUGAUCUUGAAGAAGACUUGAAACAGCUUACCGGUUUCCUUUGCUUUGAUAUUAUUAAGUCCAACCUGCCAAACCCGGGUAGUCAAAUUGCUUUGCAAGUGGAUGAUAUUCCUGAACCUGUAUUUAUCUCACCUAAAACGAAGCACGGUUCAGCUAGUGCACAUUUGUUUGGUGAAUACUUUGUUCGUGAAUUGCCCUACUCUCGACUUACAUUCCUCGUAACAGAUCCUCGCAGCUCAAAGAAAAUUCUUGGAUCUGUCAGCAUUCCUGCCACUACAUUUUUGCAAAGGAGUGGUCUGGCACCUCUUACAAUCAAGUUUAAGGAAGUUGCGGCAAGUUUCACUGUUUGUUCCUGCCUCGUUCCUAUUCCGGUUAUCAUUGAUCGAACUGAAUCAUUCCUGAACAUGGGAAAGCUUACCGUGGAUGUUAUUGAGGGUAUUGAGUUGCCUAAAAUGGACCGCAGUGGUAAGUCUGAUCCUUUUGUCGUUUUUGAGCUUCAAGGUGAAGAGGUUUACAAGACGAAGACAAUUAAGAAAACUCUCAACCCUCAGUUUAACGAAAGCUUCACUGUUGAAAUUCCCAACAGACAUAGAAACAGACUUAUUGCCAAGUGCUAUGACUGGGACUUUGGCGGAAAGAACGAUUUCAUGGGCAAUGUCGUCAUUGACAUGGCAAGCUUAAGUCCAAAUGAGAAAGUUGUCUUGACAUUGCCUUUGGACGGUGAACUGGGUGGUGAACUGAAACUCGGACUGCAGUUUACACCUGCAUGGAUCUUACGUUCUAAAAGAGGUGGCUCAAGAAGCGUUGCUUCUAGUGUUUUUGGACAUGCUACUGAUCUUGCUGGAAUGCCAAUUAAGGGCCUUGCUUCUCUUGGAGGUGGUGUCGUUGACGGUAUUGGAGCUGUUGGACAUGUUACAAACAAGCUUCGCAAAGGUGUUCUUGGAGGUUUCCGUCACAAGCGUGAUGAAGAAUAACUCAAGCCCCAUCUUGUUAAUUAAAGUUUUUUUCUGAAGUCCAAUGUAUUUUUUUGGUUUUCAUGCGUAUGACAUUCUUGGCUGAAUGUGUACGUGAUUCAAUUAGCGCUCUUUACUUUUAAUAUGAACCUUUAUGGUACCAAUCCUACGUACGUGUACAUUUUUAGUAAUUUUAC